CGUGCUCGGGGUGAACGUGACGCCAGCUUGAAGCGAGGUCAGCCAUCUUGGAGACGGGAGGAGCACCACUCUCUAGAAAGCUCUCCUUUAAAAUAUUUUAAUGCCGAAACCCGGUGACCGCUAAAAUCUAAAACUACUGCUCUGCGACACCGGGGGAACCACCUUUGCUGCCAACGCGCGCCCCGAGACCCGAAAGUGGAAGCGAGCGGCCACGAUUCGAAACAAGCCAGCAGCCCGGGGCGGACGGAUCGGCCAGAGAUGGUGCAAUCGUGUUCCGCUUACGGUUGCAAAAACCGAUACGACAAGGACAAGCCCAUAUCGUUUCAUAAGUUUCCACUUACCCGGCCCCUACUGUGCAAGAAAUGGGAAUCUGCUGUAAGAAGGGUGAACUUCAAACCAACAAAGUACAGUAGUAUCUGCUCGGACCACUUUACACCUGACUGCUUUAAGAGAGAGUGCAACAAUAAACUUCUUAAAGAUAAUGCUGUUCCAACAUUGUUUUCUUAUUCAGAAACAAAGCCCAAGAAUGAAAAAAAUGAUUCUGAUGUAAAACAGGAGCAGCCUAUAGCUCCUGAAGUGGACCCUGCUAUUGGCUUAUUGCUGCCACCUCCCUAUACAGCCAGUCACAUUGCUGUGAUUUGUGACCACAAUUACACUGUGGAAGAUACAGUCCUUCAGAGGAGGAGGAUACAACAGCUAGAAGAACAAGUUGAUAAACUGAGGAAAAAACUAAAGAUUGCAAACCAGCGGUGCCGAAGACAAGAACGCAACUUGGAAAGACUAGAAAAAGAGGUUUCUUACUACAAAACUGGAAAUGGUUAUGUUAUCUUACCGGGCAAUUACUUUGAGGUUUUGAGUGCACCAGAGUACCAGGAGGCAAAUCCAGUUUAAUUAAAAAUAACGUAAUUCUGCUUUGUGAGGCUUGUAUAUUGAAGUAGGAGUAGACAAACAUUACACUCUAGCAUGGUUAGUCAAUAAACUAGGAAUUGGCCAGGGAAUUGAACAAUUUAAACUAGUUGAAUUGAAAGGUUUGUUUGUUUUAUUUUUUUCCCAAGUUUCUUUUUCGAUAUUGGUCAUUCUGUUUUUUGUAAUCUUUAGACAAUUUGUGGUUUAGUGACUAACUGUGUUACUGUUUUACUACACAAUUUGCCCUGAACAGUGAGUUAUCUCACUGAUCGGUUCUAGGGUGGAAUGUUUAUCUACCAUAGCAAUAGACUAUUGAUGUAACAUGCUACAAAUGUAUAAACAGUCUAGUUAAUCCCAUCUUUAUUCAGAUAUUUGCUUUGCAGCAAAUGUUUUCCAGCUUUGUUUAAGACAUGCUUACAAGAAAAACUCCUGUUUCUAUUAACCUCUCCACGUUUAGUCAAAGUUUUUUGAAAAUAUUUACAAAAUGCAUAUUAAUUUUGGCAAGAAUAUACUGCAAAAUUGUUUGAAUAGAAAACAAUCCA